AAGAGGUCUUUCUUUUCGUGAACCAUUAUGCAUGAACCUGGAAGAGUUAGUCAGGGGGCAGGACGACAGUGCACUGGUUUUAUGUUCAGAGAAGAAGGUGGUGGCUUUGUGAAGAAAGGAAGUUGCACCUAGAAGCCCAUCCGCAGGCUGCUCCAUUCACAGAGAAGGUAAAGGGCCUCUGAACUUGAGGAGAUACUAACAGGAAGAGGGGAAACUGGAUGCAGUGACAUUGGGAUCCCUGAAUAGGAAGUCAAGUCUUGGAGGUCUCAUUCAUUCAGAGAAUUCUCAUCACAGGAACCGCCUUCUCCUUUUGUAAGUUUGCUGACUUCUUGCUCUUCCAAGUGCAGUCCACACACCAGCAGCAUCUGGUCACCUGGGGGCUUGUUAGACACGCAGACGUUCAGACCCCGUGCCAGACCCACUGAAUCAGAAAUCAGAAUCUGCGUUUUAACAAGAUCCCCAAACAUGUGUGCACGGUGAGUUGGAGAAACACUGUUUUAACUCAGAAUUCAGGAAGUGAGGAGGCACAUUGACCUGCAAGGAGAAGUCACCUGGAAAUGAAGGUCUUUCGGUCUAUGGGUGAGGUCCUCAGUGCUGUCUGCCACGUGGCCUGGACUUAGACUUCUUGGAGCAGGUUGCCAGGCCAGACGAUGCCCCUGCAGGUGUGCCCUGGAGGAAUUCAGUACGUGGGUGAUGCCCAGAUGAUAGACAAGAUGGUGAUUCCGAGGAGGUGAAGCAGCUGUUGGAGUGAGACACCAGGAGAGCUUGGCAAAGCUGUGUAGGAAGCCACCCUCGGAGAGGCGGCCGGGAUGGCCGGCUCGGCCCGGGAGCACCUGCUCUUCGUGCGGCGGCGGAACCCCCAGAUGCGCUACACGCUGAGCCCCGAGAACCUGCAGAGCCUCGCCCAGGGCUCCCGGCCCGAGAACAUGGCCCUGCAGCGGGCCAACAGCGACACGGACCUGGUGACCUCCGAGAGCCGCUCCAGCCUGACGGCCAGCAUGUACGAGUACACGCUGGGCCGCGCCCAGAACCUCAUCAUCUUCUGGGACAUCAAGGAGGAGGUGGACCCCAGCGACUGGAUCGGACUGUAUCACAUCGAUGAGAAUUCUCCAGCCAACUUCUGGGAUUCUAAAAACAGGGGUGUGACCGGGACACAGAAAGGACAGAUUGUGUGGAGGAUUGAGCCCGGGCCCUAUUUCAUGGAACCGGAGAUAAAGAUCUGCUUUAAGUACUACCACGGCAUCAGCGGAGCCCUGCGUGCCACCACCCCCUGCAUCACCGUGAGGAACCCCGCUGUGAUGAUGGGGGCAGAAGGAGGUGCUUCUGGAAGCCCGCAUUCCCGGAAGCUCAUCAGCUUCACACUGUCCGAUCUCAGAGCUGUCGGGCUAAAGAAAGGGAUGUUCUUCAACCCGGACCCUUACCUGAAGAUGUCCAUCCGGCCGGGGAAGAAGAGCAGCUUCCCUACCUGUGCCCACCAUGGGCAGGAGCGGAGGUCCACCAUCAUCAGCAACACCACCAACCCCAUUUGGCACCGAGAGAAAUACUCCUUUUUUGCACUUCUUACCGAUGUCUUAGAAAUUGAAAUUAAAGACAAAUUUGCCAAGAGCCGUCCUAUCAUCAAGCGUUUCCUGGGGAAGCUGACCAUCCCUGUGCAGCGGCUGCUGGAGCGCCAGGCCAUCGGCGACCAGAUGCUGAGCUACAACCUCGGCAGAAGGCUGCCCGCCGACCACGUGAGCGGGUACCUCCAGUUUAAAGUGGAGGUGACGUCCUCCCUGCAUGAAGAUGCUUCCCCGGAAGCCGUGGGCACGAUGCUCGGGGUCGGCUCUGUGAACGGAGACCUGGGCAGCCCAUCGGAUGAGGAGGAGAUGGCCGGGGCCCACCCCGACGGCCCGGCCUGCUCCAACGGGCCCGUGUCCGAGGAGAGUGCCGAGGGGACUCCCAAGCACUCCUGCAGGACUAGCUCCACCCUGGACAUGGACGCGGAGGAUCUGACCUCUGUGUCCUCAAGGAACUCGCCGCCCCGCGGACGCCAGGACUCACUCAACGAUUACCUGGAUGCCGUGGAACACGGAGGCCCUGCCAGGCCGGGCCCCGCACCCUGCGCCGAGCGGCCCGUGGGGGCCUCUCCGAAGCUGAGGAGCAGCUUCCCCACCGACACGAGGCUCAGCGCCAUGCUCCACAUCGACUCCGACGAGGAGGACCACGAGCUGCAGCCGGGCCUGGGCUCCCCGUCGUCCCUGGAGGAGGAGGGGGGCCUGAUCAUGUUCGGCGGGCCAUCGAGGACUGACGACGGGAGCCUGUCCUCUCAGACGAAGCAGGAAGACACCCCGCUGGAGACCGAGGAGGCCCCCACGCACGAUGCCGCUUCCUUGGAGGGGAAGCCGGAGGGUCUCCCCGAGGAGCUGGCCGAGGGCUCCUCCCCAGCAGGCCCCGCCCCAGGGGACAGCGAAGAGGGUCCAGAGUCUCCAGCCGGCGCCGACCAGGACCAGGACCAGGACCAGGACCAGGACGGCACUGAGCCCUGUGGCUCCCAAGAGGUGGACCCGCCCACGAGUGGGGCAGACACGGGCACCCCAGACACGUCGGGAGGGAGCCGGAGGGCCACCAGUGAGACCGAGUCCCUUGACCAGGGCUCGGAGCCCUCCCAGGUGUCCUCCGAGACGGAACCCAGCGACCCCGCCCGGACCGAGAGCGUGAGCGAGGCCAGCACCAGGCCCGAGGGCGAGAGCGACCUGGACGGCGCGGACAGCUCCUGCAAUGAGAGCGUCACCACGCAGCUGUCCUCGGUGGAGACGCGGUGCUCCUCUCUCGAGAGUGCCCGGUUCCCCGAGACCCCGGCCUUCUCUUCCCAGGAGGAGGAGGAGGACAGGGCCUGUGCGGGGGAGCCCCCCAGCGGCGGCCCCGCCCGGGGGGCGCAGGAGGCCACGUGCGCCCCUGGGUCCUUGCCGGCGGUGCACAUGCCCAGCGCCGAGGAGGAGGGGCCCGGGGCAGAGUCGGCCCCCUUCCCCGACCAGGACGAGGGCGCGGAGGUCUGGCAGCGGAGGGGCAGCCUCGAGGGAGCGGCUGCCGCUGUGGAGAGCCAGCCCCGGGAAGAGGGCGAUGCCGGCGAUGCCCAGGCGGCUGGUGAAGGGGCCGCUGCCCAGGAGGAGGGCGCCACUGGAGGUUCUCAGGCCAACGGCCACCAGCCACUGCGCUCGCUGCCGUCCGUGCGCCAGGAUGUCAGCCGGUACCAGCGGGUGGACGAGGCUCUCCCACCAAACUGGGAGGCGCGCAUCGACAGCCACGGCAGGAUCUUCUACGUGGACCACGUGAACAGGACCACGACGUGGCAGCGGCCCACGGCGCCCCCCGCCCCGCAGGUGCUGCAGAGGUCCAACUCCAUCCAGCAGAUGGAGCAGCUGAACCGCAGGUAUCAGAGCAUCCGCAGAACCAUGACGAACGAGAGGCCCGAGGAAAACACCACCGCCAUCGAUGGGGCAGGGGAGGAGGCCGACUUCCACCAAGCCAGCGCAGACUUCCGCCGGGAGAACGUCCUGCCGCACUCUACCUCCAGGUCCAGGCUCACGUUGCUGUUACAGUCUCCCCCCGUGAAGUUCCUCAUCAGCCCCGAGUUCUUCACCGUGCUACACUCGAACCCCAGUGCCUACCGCAUGUUUACAAACAACACGUGUUUGAAGCACAUGAUCACCAAAGUCCGGCGGGACACCCACCACUUUGAACGCUACCAGCACAACCGGGACCUUGUGGGAUUUCUCAACAUGUUCGCCAACAAACAGCUGGAGCUGCCCAGGGGCUGGGAAAUGAAACACGACCAUCAGGGCAAGGCGUUCUUUGUCGACCACAACUCCCGGACCACCACGUUCAUCGACCCCCGGCUCCCCCUGCAGAGCGGCCGGCCCACGAGCGCGCUGGUGCACCGGCAGCACCUGACCCGGCAGCGCAGCCACAGCGCGGGCGAGGUAGGAGAGGAUUCGCGACACGCGGGGCCACCCGUCCUUCCCAGGCCGUCCAGCACGUUCAACACCGUCAGCAGGCCGCAGUACCAGGACAUGGUUCCAGUGGCUUAUAAUGACAAGAUCGUUGCAUUUCUGCGCCAACCCAAUAUCUUUGAAAUUCUGCAGGAACGUCAGCCUGAUCUCACCAGGAACCACUCACUCAGGGAGAAGAUCCAAUUUAUUCGAACGGAAGGGACCCCAGGAUUGGUGCGUCUUUCCAGUGAUGCAGACCUUGUGAUGUUGCUGAGUUUAUUUGAAGAAGAGAUAAUGUCUUAUGUGCCUCCACAUGCCUUACUCCACCCCAGCUACUGUCAGUCCCCGCGCGGCUCCCCUGUGUCCUCUCCCCAGAACUCGCCAGGUACGCAGCGUGCCAAUGCCCGGGCACCAGCCCCUUACAAGCGAGACUUUGAAGCCAAGCUGAGGAACUUUUACAGGAAGUUGGAGACUAAAGGAUACGGACAAGGCCCAGGGAAAUUAAAGUUAAUCAUCAGAAGAGAUCACUUACUCGAAGAUGCUUUUAAUCAGAUCAUGGCCUACUCCCGAAAAGACCUGCAGAGAAAUAAGCUGUACGUCACCUUCGUCGGGGAGGAAGGGCUGGAUUACAGUGGACCUUCCAGAGAGUUCUUCUUCCUGGUGUCCAGAGAACUCUUCAACCCAUAUUACGGCUUAUUCGAAUAUUCGGCCAAUGACACAUACACAGUGCAGAUAAGUCCCAUGUCCGCUUUUGUGGACAAUCACCAUGAAUGGUUCCGGUUCAGCGGCAGGAUCCUGGGCCUGGCGCUGAUACACCAGUACUUGCUGGAUGCCUUCUUCACACGGCCCUUUUACAAGGCCCUCCUCAGAAUUCUGUGUGACCUGAGUGACCUCGAGUACCUGGAUGAAGAGUUCCACCAGAGCCUGCAGUGGAUGAAGGACAACGACAUCCAUGACAUCCUGGACCUCACCUUCACUGUGAACGAAGAAGUCUUCGGGCAGAUCACGGAGCGCGAGCUGAAGCCCGGGGGUGCCAACAUCCCGGUCACGGAGAAGAACAAGAAGGAGUACAUCGAGAGGAUGGUGAAGUGGCGGAUCGAGCGCGGCGUGGUGCAGCAGACGGAGAGCUUGGUGCGCGGCUUCUACGAGGUGGUGGAUGCCAGGCUGGUCUCUGUGUUCGAUGCGAGGGAACUAGAGCUGGUCAUCGCGGGCACAGCCGAAAUAGACCUGAGUGACUGGAGAAACAACACCGAGUACAGAGGAGGGUAUCACGACAAUCAGAGAUUCAACAAUGAGCAACGACUGCGGUUGUUACAGUUUGUGACGGGCACGUCCAGCAUUCCCUACGAAGGCUUCGCUUCUCUCCGAGGAAGCAAUGGCCCCAGAAGGUUCUGUGUGGAAAAGUGGGGGAAAAUCACCGCGCUUCCCAGAGCUCACACGUGUUUCAACCGCCUGGACCUCCCCCCGUACCCCUCGUUCUCCAUGCUGUAUGAGAAGCUCCUGACAGCGGUUGAAGAGACCAGCACCUUUGGACUUGAGUGACCGGAAGCCCAGUGCCCGGCUGCGUGGGGACAGGCGGUUGGUUGGGGAAGCUGCCCUCCCAGGAUGGCCCACCACCGGGAGGGCCAGAGCGGGUUUCCAUCCGAGUAACGCCUUCACUUGACAAGUCUAAGCCACAUUUGGGGACUGGAUCGCGGUGAGGAGUCCUCUCUGAAGGAUGGGGGUGAGCUUGAUGCCCAGGGGACAACCCAACAGUCUUUCAAUCAGCAGGUCCUGACUGCCACGCUUCUUCCCAUUCGUUACGUUCCAAGACCAAGAUGAACCUGUGCGGAUCAGCUCAAGGUCACUGUGCAGGGACUUGGGAGAAUCUUGAAACUUAACCUUGAACGUGAUUCAAGCCAAACCGCAGCCCUUGACCCGAUCUCCAAAUUAGUGCGAGUUCAAUAAUGGAAUAAAAACACGUGUAUUUCCCAAAAGUACUUUUGUGUGAGCCCCAAGUUAUCACAGAAUAUUCCUUUUCUUGCUCAUGUGUGCCUGCAUGGUGUGCACGUAGGUUUCAGCUUCCACGGGACCCGAGUGGAAAUGAAACCAAGUCAACAUGAGGCAACUUUAAAGAUUUGCAAUAAGGUGGUCUAUGACGAUGGAUAUGCAAAGUGGUCUGUGUGUCAUUAUGGCUGGAGACAAACUGUUCUACAGUGAAUUACUACCAACAGAUUGUAUGCUCUCUAAUGCAUGGAAACAAUUUUAAAUAACUAGCGAUUAACUCACAGCAUAUCAGAAAAAAGUCCACGGUGAGUUCUGUUCAUUUUUUUUAUAGGUUCAUGAUAUUUAUGUUCUUUGCGGUGUAUAUAGGAACCCACCUGUCCUACUGUUCGUGCCGCCCAAUCCAUUUCCAUGUUCCAUGCUUACUUGGGCAUCAUGCUGGUAGGUAUCCUUUUAAGCACUGUCCAGGGAACCAAAGGGCCUUUUAUUUUUCUAAAGGUACAAAAAAAUUCCCCGAAAUAUUUUGCACUGAAUGUACCAAAGUCGAAGGGACGUUACAAGAUGACUGACAGCAACUCCAUCACUGGGCAAGUAUAACAGGAAACAGCUUCGAAAUUCAGACUUCUCCACAGUGCCAUGUCUACCACUACAGGACUGUGCAUCUAAGUAAUAAUUUUUUAAGACUCACGCUAUGUGAUAGUACGAUAUGCAUUUAUUUAAAAUGCAUUAGACUCUUCCAUCCAUCAAAUACUUUACAGGAUGGCAUUUAAUAAAGAUAUUUCGUACCCCACCCCCCUGCUUUUUAUUUGUACAGCAUCAUGAAACGCCGGGCUCACUGAGGGAGCCAUCAGCAACACCUAAGGGGUCAGCUCUCUUUAGUAACGAGAAUUCCAUCUCCCUCGUCCAUGAAGACGUCACAAACGGAAACCCUCAGUACUCUUUCCAAGCCUGCAUUUUCACCGAUGCAUAAAUUCCUUAUCAACAUAAGGAAACAGGUCUUCUAGGAUACCUCGGACAUUGCAUGACACCACUAAUGUUACACUUGCUUAGUUUUCUCAGAGGGUGUCCUUCGUUUCUACUGCUUUCGGGUUUUUUCCACAUCGUUGUUUAUUUCUGGACGUAUGGCCAUAACUCAUCAGAGGUUCAAUGCAGCGAAGUUAAAUGGUGAAUAAUAAAAGCGUUGGAUUAACA